AUGUCAAAUGAUUUAUUUCUUUCAUUAUUUAGAAAUGAAUUAAUAAAUAAUAAAAUUUUUAAAGAGAUUAAAGAAAUUAAUAAACAAAAUAAAUUUACAACUUAUAAUUUCUAUGAUUUUCCAAUAACAUCAAUUAUUAAAACUAAAAAUGAAAUUAUGUUAAAUCAAAGAUUAGAUUUAUUUAUUAAAUAUAUGGAUUCAAAUGAUAUUGAAAAUGAUAAAUCAUUUAAUUAUUAUAUUGAUUUCAAUGGUGAUAAUUAUAUUCAAUUAUUAAAUUGGACCAAUUUAUCAAUAAACACAUUUAGAAAAUAUUAUCAAUUAUUUAAAAAUGAAAUUUUAUCAAUUAAAUUCAAUAGUUUCUUUUUUGAAAAAAAUCGAAAUUUGAUAUUCAAAAAUUCAAAUAUUGAAAUAUUAUCAUUUCUAAAACAACAAUUUAUUGAAAAUAAAAACUAUGAAUUGAAUCCAACCGAUGAAAAUUACGCAUUUGGUAAAUAUGAUACAUUCAUAGUAUAUUGUGAAAUCUUUUUAUUGGAUAGAAAAACGCCAUGUACCUCAAUUGAAUUUCAAACAUUUUUGAAAUUAUUUAAUGGUUUAAAAAUUUCAAAAAUUCAAUUCACAAUGUGGUUAGAAAAGAUUGAAAAUAAAAUACCAAAUAAAUCUUUAAAUUUAGAUUAUUUCUUUUCAUCAUCAUUAUUUUUCAAUUCAAAUAAAUCAAUUAUUAAUAUUGAAGAAAUUCAACUACUACCGCCAUCACUAUCAUCACCAUCAUCACCACCACCAUUAGAUUCAAUUGAAUUAGUUAUUGAUUUCUUUAUUAAUUCAAUUAAUAGAAUAAAUAAAGAAAUUAUAUCAUUACCAAUAAUUAAUAAACAAGUUUUAGAAGAAAUUAAAAAUAAACCAACAUUAUUUUUUAAUUUAAUUAAUAAAAUUUUAGAAUCAAAUGAUUUAAUAUUAAUGAAAUUAUUUUUAAAUUUAUUUAAUAUUAAUGAAACUAGUAAAGUAGAAUCAAAUAGACCAAAUUUAAUAAUUGAAAUUUAUGGUAUUAAAAUUUUAGAUAGCACAUUUAUUAAAUUAUUUUCACAAGUUAAUUGCUUUUUAUUAUUUAGUGUUAUUAAUAUGUUUGAAUUAUUUCUAAUGGUAGUUAAAACAAAAUCAAAUAAAUUUUUAAAUAAUUUAAAUAAUGGUGCUGGUGGUGGUGGUGAAAAUUUAGUUUCAUUUAAAAUUAAUUGUCCAAAGAUUGCUAGAUUUUUAAUUGAAAAUUUUAAAAACAAUAGUAUUAAAAAUAAUAAUAUUACAAAGAGUUGUCCAUUACAAUUCACAGAUUCAACAUUAGCAAUUAAAGAAAAUGAAAUAUUUUUCAUUGAAUCAAAAUCAAUUUUAUUAUUAGAUUCUUUUAAAGAAACACUUUCAAAUGAAAUUUUAAUUAAAUUCUUUAGAAAUAGAUGGAUUGUAAAACCAAAUUUAAUGACAAUUGAUUUCUUUGGUGGUGAUUUAGAAAUGGUUAAAACUUAUUUAGAAAAUUGUGAAAAAAGAAUCAUUUUUUCAGAAUUAAUUAUAAAUUCAUUUAAAAAACGAUUUUAUAAUGUUACUGAUUAUUUAUUAACUCAAGCAUUGGUACCAACACUUGAAAAUCCUGUAAAUCGAUUUACAAUUUUAAAAUUUUUAAAAUCUCAAGGAAAUGAUCAUAAUGAUGAUGACAAAGUAAUUGAACAAUCUUCAAAUUUAAUUAAAAAAAUUCUAAAUUCAUUUAGAAUUGAUGAUUUUAUUUCUGAACCUAAAAUAAAUGAUAAUUUUGAUUUUCCAGAAACUAAAUAUCAAUUUAUUUAUGAUUUAGUUAAAGCAUUACCAAAUAAUCCAACCCAAAGAAAUGUUUUUUUAACAAAUUUAGUUGGUGGAAUUAAUGAUGAAACUGGUUCAUCAUCUAAUUUUCAAUAUUAUAUUGAACUAAUAAUGAAUGAAUUUAACUCACUAAUUUAUAACAAUUUAAUUGAUUAUAAAAGUUUUGAUAAAUAUAAAUAUUUAUAUGGAUAUGUUAAAUCAAGAUUUCAAAUUUUAAAUUUACAAUUCACAGGUAUAUUUAAAUUAGAUUUACAACAAUUAAUUGAUACUGGAAAUUUAGAUAAUAUUAAACUAUUUUCAAAUUAUGAUAUUUUAAUAAUUCUUAAAAUUUCAUUAAAGGAACAUUUCUUCUCAAUCAUUGGUUCAAUUAUUAAAAUUUUAGAAAAAAGAAUUUUUAGUUUUGGUAAAAAUAAUAAAUUUCAAUUAAAGAAAAGAAUUAUUUAUGAUUGUUUUAAAUUAAAGUCUUAUUCAAUUCCAUCAAAUAAAAGUAUAUUUAUUAGUGAAAAAAAUAAUAAUAUAAAAUCAUUAUUAUUUUUAAUUGAAAUUGGAUUUUUAAAAUCAAGUUGUUAUACUACAUCAAUAAUUUAUAAUAGAAAUAGAAAUAAUAAUGAUAGUAAUAAUGGUAAAUUAUCAAUAUUUGAAAAACAAUCAAAAAGAGUUAUAGGUGACACAUUUAGUUUAGAUUUAUAUUAUAUCAUUUAUAAAAGUAUUCAUACUUUAAAUUUAAAAUUAUUGGAAAUAAUAAUUUUGAAAAAUCAAUCACAAUAUUUAAAUAUUCAUUCAAAAUUAUUCACUGAUCAGAAUGAUAAUUAUUAUUUAAAAAAUGUUGAUAAAAUAAUUAACAAUGAAUUAAUUAGAUUUGAUAAAAAAACAAUUGAAUUAAUGAAACCAUUAUUAAAAAUUUUAAAGAAUAAAAUAAAUUAA